AUGUUUUCGUCAAUUGAAGAGAAGACCAUUGAAGAGAAAAGGACAAAUCAGCGGCGCUGGUCGUCUCCUCCAUUGAGCGAGCUCGCCAGGUCAAAAGGACCUGUGGCUGAUGGUGGGUACUACACCGUAGGGCACGAUGGCGGCGUCGUCACAUACCCACCUCCAUCCCUCCAACAAGUUUGCCACGGCCACCACAACGUGGUCGAGGUGUGCGACCUGGACCAGCAACAAAUACACGCUAUACAUAUGGGCUCCGCGACCUUGCCACCACCCCACAUUGACAUGACCGAUGUAGCCCAUGUCCUCGCGCGGCAGAAGGAGCUGUCCGAAAUGGGCAUUUCCCGACGUGAGCCAUGGGGCCAGGCUUGCACCCCGCAACAAUCCUUACAGGACAACACGGAUGGCCUUGACCAAGAGUUUUCAGAAUACCAACUACCGUCUCAACAACAGCUAUACGAGGCUUGCAGGCUAGAGCUCUUAGACGAGGAUGGCAAGAGUGUGCGCUUUGGAGAGUUCUAUCCCGACUGGCCGGAAUUGUUGCCCACACCACUUGGUACAACGACUGCAUCUGAUGUCGCCCAAUCGCCUAGCGAGCGGCAGCUGCCAAAAACAGUAGUCUUCUUUAUCCGCGCACUCGCCUGUGGCCAGUGUCAAGACUACAUGGCGGCCUCUGUAGGCCGGCUUAAUCCGGACGCGAUCGCUGCUCACGGAAAUGCCACCCAGAUGGGGAUUAUAAACGUCGGCUCGACUAAGCAAACGGGAGGCGAAUUCAUCUUACUCCCGGGUUACAAAUGUGAAUACGCGCAUCGCAUGCCCAACAAGUUUUCGCACGAUCUCGCCGUGAACAUUCUGCACAAGGCCGGCGUCAACUUUCCUGAACGCUCCUGUCCAUUUGGACCUGUAAGCAACAGUGACAACUACACCGAACAGGAGCUCGUCAGACUGCAGCAGCAGGACCACACUGUCAUGCAAUGGCGGCGGCAGCUGGAUAGUACGGUCGACAGUUCGCCCGAACAGCCGUGCCUCCACGAUGUCGGAACCAAACAGGGCAACGAUCACCAAUACCCCACGGUACAGCCCUUCGGCCAUUGGCUUCGUCAGCGUCUUACAUUCAUUUAG